CAACACUGUCAACUUGCUGACUAUAGAUACACAUGUGUUGUAUGUAGAUUCGAUCGAGGUCUUUCGGCGGAGAAAAUUAAGAUAUACCAACCAAUCCCCUCUCAAAAUACACGCACUCCAGCGUGUUUGUGCGCGUGAAAACUCCCCUUUUUUAACCCAACCCAACCAAACCCUCAGCCCCAUUUCUAUUCACCACCACCUCAGCUUUGAAGUUUCACCCGCAAAGGUUGCAAGAUGGCAGCAACAUCAGCAACCACUUUUUCAAUUGGAUCAACUGCAUCUGCUGGCUCCAAAGUUAGCCAGGUUACACAGUCGAAGGCCUUUAGCAUCAAUUUCAACCCUAAGAACUACCUUAGGAGUUUCUGUGGUCUCAAGGCUGUGAACUCCGUUAUCUGCGAAUCAGAAUCUUCAUUCUUCGGUACUGAAAGCAGCAUUGCUCUCAACCGCUCCUACAGUACAAAAGCACAAAAACAUACUGAUCGGUCUUACCGUUAUGUUCAGCCCCGUGCAUCCUAUAAAGUAGCUAUUCUUGGAGCUGGUGGUGGUAUAGGUCAACCACUAGCUCUUCUGAUCAAAAUGUCUCCACUAGUUUCUGCAUUGAAUCUUUAUGAUAUAGCAAAUGUCAAAGGAGUUGCAGCUGAUCUCAGCCACUGCAACACACCAUCUCAGGUAGCUGAUUUUACAGGAGCAUCUGAGUUGGCCAAUUGUUUGAAAGACGUAAAUGUUGUUGUUAUACCUGCUGGUGUUCCGAGAAAGCCAGGCAUGACCCGUGAUGACCUCUUUAACAUUAAUGCCAACAUAGUGAAAACCCUGGUUGAGGCUGUUGCUGAUAAUUGCCCUGAUGCAUUUAUUCACAUUAUUAGCAAUCCUGUCAACUCAACAGUUCCAAUUGCUGCUGAGGUUUUGAAACAGAAAGGGGUAUAUGAUCCAAAGAAGCUCUUCGGUGUGACCACUCUUGAUGUGGUCAGAGCAAAUACAUUUGUUGCUCAGAAGAAAAACCUAAAGCUCAUUGAUGUCGAUGUUCCAGUUAUUGGGGGCCAUGCAGGGAUCACUAUUUUACCCUUGCUGUCAAAGACAAAACCUGCAGUUACUUUCACCGAUGAAGAAGUGGAAGAGCUAACUGUGAGGAUUCAAAAUGCUGGGACAGAAGUUGUCGAGGCAAAGGCUGGAGCAGGAUCUGCCACUCUCUCUAUGGCAUAUGCCGCAGCACGGUUUGUCGAGUCCUCACUCCGAGCACUUGAUGGUGAUAGUGAUGUCUAUGAGUGCUCUUACAUCCAGUCCGAGCUGACUGAGCUACCAUUCUUUGCCUCAAGAAUUAAGCUCGGGAAGAACGGGGUUGAGGCUGUGAUCUCAUCAGAGCUUCAAGGACUAACUGAGUAUGAACAGAAGGCUUUGGACGCUCUCAAGCCGGAGCUGAAGGCCAGUAUUGAAAAAGGUGUCGCUUUUGUCCAGAAGCAACCCGUGACUGCAUAAACUUUCACUACAGCUGAAGCAUCUUUGAGGAGAAAAUAAAUUAGCACGGCCAUUGCGGGUGCAUUCAUGCAUCAAAAUUCCAGUUUUGUAGGCAACUUACUGAACCAUUUUUACUCUCCUUUUGUAUUGAAGUGCUUCUGUGACAGCGAGAAUGAUCAUUUUGUUGUAGAAUUUGUUGUUAUUGUGCACUGUCUCUUCCAGUUUGAUAAUAACAUUUUCAGGGGCACUGUAGCUCUGCUCUUCAGAUAUGUUACUCUCCACAGAUGAAAUUCAUCUUCUAUGUCUGUAACUUUAUGUUCUUGUGACUAAAGUGGAGGUUUGAAAUUAGGGAUAAUUACAUUUA